AUGUUUGGAGACAAGAGUAAAGAGCCUACGGAGAUUUACCUCCAGAACGAAAGAAUAGAUAGGGAUAAGCUACCGAAGUUCACUAGAGCACAGCUUCUGUCUUAUAAUGGCACCACGAAGAAAGAAUUAUAUGUAGCCAUUAGAGGCAACAUAUUUGACGUAACAGAGAAUACCAAGAGUUACGGACCAGGCAAGGCGUAUAACAAGCUUGUGGGAAAAGAUUCGAGCAGAUUGCUUGGUUUGAAUAAAUUGCAACUUAAAGAUACUGAUGGUAAUCCUGAGAAUUCAUGGGAUAUUUCGGGGUUGGACGAGAAGCAAUUGAAAAUUGUGGAUGACUGGAUCGAGUUCUUCAAGAUGAGAUACCCCAUUGUCGGUAUAGUUUCGGAUGAGUGA